AUGGGCGUGGGUCUGCAGCCACUCGAGUUCACCGAGUGCCUGGCGGACAGUCCGCACUUCCGCGAGAACCUCCAGCGACACGAGAAAGAGCUCGAGCGCACGAGCCAGCAGAUAAAGAGACUCAUUAAAGAAGUCAAGGAUGUUGUGCAGGCUGCUAAACGGCUGAGCGCGGCGCAGCUGGCGCUAGCGUCCAGUAUGGAGCAGUUUGAGUUCGCGUGCAUCGGCGCGUCCAUGACGGACGACGAGCGCGUCAUCGGCGCCUCGCUGCAGCACUUCGCGCAGCUCAUCCGCACCAUCGAGGACGAGCGCGACCGCAUGCUGGGUCGAGCGCACGAGCAGAUCAUCCAGCCCCUGGAGCGGUUUCGGAAAGAUCACAUUGGUGCCGUGAAGGAGGGUAAGAAGAAAUUCGACAAAAAGACUGCCAAAUUUUGCCAGAGCCAGGAGCGCACGCUGUCGCUCUCGACGAAGAAACCGGAAAAUGUCUUUCAGGAGGCGGACGCGGCCAUGGACAUGGCGGAGCGCGACUUCUGCCAGGCGUCGCUGGAGUACGUGUUCCAGCUGCAGGCGGUGCAGGAGCGCAAGAAGUUCGAGCUGGUGGAGACGCUGCUGGGCUUCGUGUUCGGCUGGUGGACGUUCCACCACACGGCGCACGACGUGCACGCGGACGCCGAGCCGCUCGUGCGCGACCUGCAGCUGCGCAUUCAGCGGACGAGGAGCAAUUUCGAAGAGACGAGCAAGCAAACGGAAUCACUGAUGAAGAAGAUGAUGGAAGUCAGACAAAUGAAUAAAGAGGACGAGGGCAUGGAGGACGGCGCGGGAGGAGUUUCGCGAGCUGGAUACCUCUUUCUUAUGGAAAAAAAGGCGUUCGGCACGACGUGGAGCAAGCAGUACUGCACGUACGAGAAGGGAUCGCGCACGCUGUCGCUGCUGCCCUACAACCAGAUCAAUGUAAAGACGAUGGAAGGGAGAAGAAAUGACGACAUGUUACUAAACAUGUUAAUAAAGAUGAAAAACAACAAAGAGGAAUGUACGCAACAAGCAACAGGCAGUUUUCACGCACCGCUGACGUCCGAAAAGGUGGGCGUGGGCGACAGCGUGCGCGUGGCGGGCGCGCGCGCCUCGGCGGAGGUGGAGCGGCGCUUCUGCUGGGAGGCCGUGCCCGCCGAGCGCGAGCGCGCGCCGCUCACGCUGCAGGCGCUGGGCGAGCGCGACCGCGCCGCCUGGCUGCGCGCGCUGGCCGCGCCGCCCGCCCCGCCCGCCCCGGCCGCGCGCGCGCCGCCCAGCGCCGCGCCCGGCGACGCCUGGCCGCUGGACGACGCCGGCUUCGCCUUCGUGAGCCGCGUCAUCGCCGUGCUGGAGGCGCGCGGCCUCGAGGAGCAGGGCCUCUACAGGGUGGCGGGCGUGGCGUCCAAGGUGUCGCGGCUGGUGGCGCUGGCCCGCGAGCGACGCCUGCCCGCCACGCUGGACGACCCGCUGGAGUGGGAGAGCAAGACGCUGACGUCGGCGCUCAAGGCCUACCUGCGCGCGCUGCCCGAGCCGCUGCUCACGCGCCAGCUGCACCGCGCCUUCCUGGGCGCCGCCAAGUGCGAGCGGCGCGCCGAGCGCGCGGCGGCCCUGCGCGCGCUGGUGGCGGCGCUGCCGCCGCGCAACCUGGACAUGCUGCGCCUGGUGCUGGCGCACCUGCUGCGCGUGGCGGCGCGCGCCGAGCGCAACCUCAUGACGCCCUCCAACCUGGCCGUGUGCUUCGGCCCCACGCUGCUGCGCGCCGAGCGCGAGACGGUCGCCUCCAUCCUCGAGCUCAAGUUCUACAACGUGCUGGUCGAGGCGCUCAUCGAGAACUACGCGGCCGUGUUCUCGCCGGAGCCGCCCCCGGGGCAGCCGCCGCCCGCCCCGGUGCCGCCCGCCCCCGCGCCGCCGCCCGCCCCGGCGCUCGCGCACAACGGUCUGCUCGGGAACAAAAUGAACUCCCAAACGUUAGUCAAUAAUCCCAGUUACGCUACUGUAACACAAAACACCAUGUUCCCUAAAAAAGACCAAGCAAUUAUCAGCGAUGCUUUAGAAAACGUAAUCGCUGAUGAGAUCAUUGAUAAAAUAAAAUAUGUCACAAUUCAAAACCAAAAACUACCCAUCCGACCGCUGAUCAGCAGAAACAGACGUAUCAUCAUAUCCAAUGUGUGUCCCAUUAUACCGCACGUCGAAAUUGAAAAGAAACUAUUAGAAAUGAAUAUUACACCACAAUCACCCAUCUCUUUCCUGCGUGCUGGCUUCAAUGAAACGGGCUACAACCACAUUCUAAGCUUUCGAAGACAAGUUUAUGUAACUCCUGAGGAUUUCACCCGACUUCCAGAUAAAAUAUCUAUGAAUUUUGAAGACACGAAUUACGGGAUCUAUUUCUCAUCAGACACAAUGACUUGUUUUAUAUGCAAAAAAGACGGACACGUAGCCUCUAAAUGCCCGGAAAAUAUCAACGACACGAAUGUUUUUAACCAAAAAACACUGGAUACUACGGAGACAGCAAUUUUCAAGCGUCCACAUCCACCCACUGAAUCUUCAACUACAACUGAUUUCAUUGAAUCCGAAACAACAAAAGAAAACAGCAUUCCUAGCAACGAAAACAGUGAUGAUGACCUUGAUGAUAAAUCUUCCCAGUCCAGCUUAGACGAAGUUUACAAACCCAAGAGCGGAAAGAAACUUAAAAGAACACCUAAUAACGAUUUGGAAUCAAUUGACUGGGAUCACGUGGAAAACUUUAUAAACAUCUCCGGUAAAACAUACCCACUAUCCGGAAAACAAGUUAAAGAGUAUCUCACACACACAUAUGGAGUUAAGGACAUAUCAGAAAUUACUUACAAUUACACAGAAGAAAUUGGUGCGUUGAUCGAAAUGUUUACUGACUUGAUACCGACCAUCUCAUAUCGCAGUGUUAAAAACAGACUCUCACGUAUUGUAGGUAAACUAAAGUACUUAUCUCGUAAGAAAAUUUCCGAUAUAAAUAAACAAAUUACUUUUAGUUCCGAUCUAACACUCGAUUUUGAUUGGAACGUUACUAACGAAUCUCUUGGCAGUGAUCACCUCAUUAUUUCUAUUAAAACGUUAGACAGUACUCAAAAUAGCCCCGAAUUAAAAAGGAACAUCGAAAAGGCCAACUGGGUAGAGUACACGCAACACAUAGAAUCUGCAUGUGAGGGAUUAAAUUAUAGAAAUAAUGUACAAAGUAACUACGAUAAACUCAUAGAUAUUAUUGAGGAAAGUGCCAACAAAAACAUACCAUAUAUUAAAACUGGUUUUAACCCUAACAAAUUUAAGCCAAAACCGUGGUGGAAUCCUGACUUAUCGAAGGCAGUAGCUGAGAGACGAAAAACUUUAGGAAAUUACUACAUUCCGAGUGACAAGCCGGCCCCGAGCGCCAGCUACUCGCCGCACCACCAGCAGCUGCUGCAGCACUUCGCGGCGCCGCACCGCGCCGGCCGCUGCAGCAGCAGCUCGGAGUCGGUGUCGAGCCACAGCGCGUCGCCGCCGCCGCGCGCGCCGCCCGCCUUCCCGCCCGCCUUCCCGCCGCGCACCACGCGCGUGCGCACGCUGUACGCCUGCCUGGGCGAGAGCGAGGGCGAGCUGUCGUUCGAGCCCAACCAGAUCAUCACCAACGUGGCGCCGUCCGCGGAGCCGGGCUGGCUGCGCGGCACGCUCAACGGCAAGAGCGGGCUCGUGCCGCAGAACUACGUCGAGCCGCUGCCGUAGGCGCCGCCCCGCACUCGCCGCACACCAAAUAUCAUAUCGUUGUAGUUUUACUUUGUUGAUUCUUUUGUAACUAUAUUUGUAUAUUUUGUAUAUUGUAAAUACAGAGUUGUUGCUAUUUUAACUAUUUAUACUAUAUUAUACUUACGUUGUGAAUUUUGUACCAAAUAUACUUUAGUGUAUGUGGAUUUGUAUUAUAGAAUAUAAUAUAAAAUAUUACUAAUUAAA